AUGGACAGCAACAAGCAAUUAGCUACUUCGCUCAUCGAUUACUGCGCUGGAGCAGUCGGAAACACGCACACCUUUGGCCGUCUCACCAGUUCCAUCUAUGAUUCGGCGUGGGUGGCUAUCCUUAGGAAGCCAGGUACUCCUGGGCUCCUAUUCCCUGAAUGCUACAAAUAUAUUCUUGAUCAACAGCAGGAGGGUUCUGGAUGGGAGAAAAGUCCCGAGUCGGAGAUAGACGGCAUAAUGUGUACCCUUGGGGGGUUGCUCGUGCUGACCACAAACUCGGACAUUCCUCAGGACGGCAUCUCCGCCCAAGACAUAGCAACGCGCAUUCAACAUGCAGCGGCAUUUUUGAGCUUAAAAUUGCAAUCUUGGGAUGUGGCCUCGUGUGAUCAUGUAGGGUUCGAAAUCAUUAUCCCCUCCAUGCUCGAGCGCUUGGAGAAGAAACGGCUCACCUUCACCUUUCCCGGACAGGCUCGUUUGGCCCAACUGAAUCAAAACAAACUGGCAAAAAUCCAUCCUGCCGUCUGGUCUGGAAAGAUACAGACAACCGUAACGCACUCACUCGAGGCGUUUCUGGGGAAGGCGGAUUUCAGUGGACUCCGGGAUCAGCGAGUUUGCGGCGGUAUGGGCAGUUCACCAUCAUCUACUGCUGCCUACUUGAUGUCAUCGCCAGUUUGGGAUGAUAAAGCAGAGGAAUACCUUCGACAGGUGCUGGCAUCGAGGUGGCCUGGCGAAAUUGGCGGUGUUCCUGGAAUGUACCCGACGACAGGAUUUGAAGUCCUCUGGAUUGCCUCAACUCUCUUGGAAGAUGGCUUCCAUGACACCAAUCUUCUACGCUAUGGAGAUAUUCUUUCUAUCAUCCAGGAGUUUUACGACUCACUUGGCGGUUUAGCAAGCGGAUUUUCCAAGUCAAGUGUCCCUGAUGCUGAUGAUACGUCAAAGACCGUAAUCAUGCGCAACCUGCUUGGCGUCCCGACUAAAGCAGACAAGCUUGUCGAGACGUUUGAAGGCAAACAUCAUUUCUUCACUUACAUGAUGGAAAGGCACCCAAGUGUGACAACGAACUGCAACGUACUCAGCGCGUUGCUGGUGUCUCCUGAGCCAGCCAAGUUCAUUAGGCAAAUUGAAAAGUGCGCGAAAUACCUUUGUACUUCGUGGAUGCAGUCUGAUAUCCCCUUCCAGGACAAAUGGAAUACCUCGGAGUUCUAUCCAAUCAUGCUCCUCUCGCAAGCUCUCUGCAGACUGGUAAAUGCUUGGGAUAAAACCGUCAUCAAUCUUUCUGAGGAGUUCCUUGCUGGAGACAUAUCGCUUGUUCUAUUCCAAGUUCUAAUGCAGACCUUGCAAAAGCAGCAUGAGGACGGCUCGUGGGGACACAUCCCAUCUAAAGAAAUUACGGCAUAUGCCAUCAUUGCCCUGGGGAAUCUCGCCUCUCUACCGUUUAACACACAGCUGCCUGGUGUAAUCCGGCAGGCUAUUGAGAAAGGGCGGGCGUUCAUCAACUCGAGCGGUGUGACCCCUGAUGUUGAGUACGUGUGGAUUGCCAAGACCAACUACUCGCCACUCAACAUUUGCAAAGCAUACCAGCUGGCGGCGCUCGAAACUAAAUUCCCCAAGUAUUCACUUGGUUCAUCAUUCAGCAAGCUUCACAACCUCACUGGACAACAAUUACAAAAAUACACUCACAUGUUCUCCAUCCUUCCCAUUCUGAGCGAGUUUCCGCUCUGGAGGAUUGAAGGAUCGGUAACAGAGGCAUUUCUAUUCCGGGGAAGACUACAAGCUAGCAAGCUCGACAUGUUCGACAGGUCCAAUUUGAAAGGUGAUGAGUAUCUAGAGUUCAUUGCAAUGACUCUUGCAUGUUCCAACAAUCUGCAUGGUACCUUCCUCAAGACGGACAUCUUAUUUGAGAUGAUGAAGUUUAUUCUACACGUCUACCAGGUUGACGAGUACUAUGAGCACGUCAUCGGUAUCACUUAUGAACAACAUCUCCAGGAGAUCCAACAACUUGUUGAGAACUUGUUGGAAAAGCAACCACUGGCGAAUGGCUCUAACGGCCACGGCAUCAACGGUACACACUUGGAGCCAGCUGCCCGGUCAAAGAUAUCCGAAAACAUAAUAUCAUUCACUGACACUGUCCUCAACGUCCCUGCUGUGCAGAGAGCAGGCUUUGUCGACAGAGACCUCUUGAAGCACGAGCUUCGCCGCUGCCUAUUAGCACAUAUCACCCAGCUUAAAGAUAGCAAACUGCAUGUCAAAGAGGGGUCCGAAUGGAAGACUCCUUGUGGAUCCUACCACGAGUGGGCGCGUACGGUCGGUUCGGCACAUAGCUGCUCUCCGCUCUCUCUUGCCUUCUUCCGCUGUCUCGUCCCACAGGACCAAGCAGGUCGCCACGUGAGCGCCGAGGAGCAAUAUCUAGUACAGGACAUAUGGGUCCAUCUCGCCAAUAAAGCACGUAUGGAGAAUGACUGCUACUCGGUGCAACGGGACCGCAAGGAGGGGAAUCUAAAUUCGCUAGACUUUCCCGAGUUCAACCGAGUGGAUGGAGGAGUUGCCCAGCUCACGCGCAUUAUCAACUAUGAGAAGAAAUGCCUCAGGCUAGGCUUUGAGGCAUUGGAGGAUGUUGUCGGUGCAGGGCAGAAGCAUUCGCAAUUAAAGGCGUUGAAGUUCUAUGCUUUCCUUCUGGAACUCUAUAGUGAUGUUUAUGCUCUAAAGGAUAUAUCUUCAGAGCGAAAGGAGUUAAAACAGGGUGUACUGUAG